CAGGCUUCAGGCAGUGACUGCGGGGGAACCAUGACUGCAGUGGGACGAAGAUGUCCGUCACUGGGACCCAGAGGGGCUGCUGGAGAACCAGAGGCUGGCGGGGACUACGUGAAGCACAAAAAGCCCCGGCAACAAGCUUGAAAAUAGUAGCAUGCAUUUACUGAGCACUUACUUCAUGCCUGGCAACUUAACGUGCAUCAACUCAGCCGAGGCUCAGAAGGGUUGUAUGAGGUCAGCACAGAGUCUGUCAGAUCAGCAUCCGGUGACAAUUCUCAGCAGAGUCCCUGAUUCCGAGUCAGAGGGGAGAAAUCCUGGGCUCUGGGAGAUUUCCCGAGGCCACAAAGGAUUUGGUCAAACGCGUACAGGGGUUUGUUUCCGGCUUUGGAUACGAUUUAAUUCAAAGUCUUUGCCCGCCCCGGGUCAGCGAAGGGUACAGGGUACGGCGCGUAGGGGAGGCAGGACCCCCCACCCCCUCCCGAGCCCAGGCAUCCCCACCCCAUCCCGCUGCCCCUCCGUGACCGCCCCCCUAGGCUGGUCCUCUGCUCCGCAUCCCCCGACUCCAGGCAGCCCUGCGGGGCUGGAGCGCGCGGGGCGAGGGGCGGGGAGCGGGGGGCGGGCGGAGGGAGGAACAAUGGCCCCCUCCCCUCCCCUGGCCGGCCGGAGGGUGGGGUCUCCCCGCCCCGCCUCCCCGCUCCUCCCCCGCCAAGGCGAUGAGGUAAUCGCGCCGCCGAGAGGCACGCGCAGCCGGUGCCCAGCCCGGUCGGUCCCCGCGCCCCUGCCCCGCCGGCCGCCGCCCCCCGCACCGGCCCGGCCCCGGACGCCCGGCCCCACCAUGACCGAGCGGUGCAGCCUGUGGAGCGCCCUGUCGGCCGCCGCCUGCUGCUUCUACCGCGGCUCCUUCGUGCAGGUGCAGUUCUCCAAGGAGAAGUACAUCCUGGACUCCUCACCCGAGAAACUGCACAAGGAAUUGGAGGAGGAACUCAAACUCAGCAGCACAGAUCUCCGCAGCCAUGCCUGGUACCAUGGCCGCAUCCCCCGUGAGGUAUCAGAGACCCUGGUGCAGCGCAAUGGCGACUUCCUCAUCCGGGACUCACUCACCAGCCUGGGUGACUAUGUCCUCACCUGCCGCUGGCGCAACCAGGCCUUGCACUUCAAGAUCAACAAGGUCGUGGUGAAGGCGGGUGAGAGCUACACCCACAUCCAGUACCUGUUUGAGCAGGAGAGCUUCGACCACGUGCCCGCCCUCGUGCGGUACCACGUGGGCAGUCGCAAGGCUGUGUCCGAACAGAGCGGGGCCAUCAUCUACUGCCCCGUCAAUCGCACCUUCCCGCUGCGCUACCUGGAGGCCUGCUAUGGCUUGGGCCAGGGCAGUGGCAAGGCUGCUGGCCCCGCCAGCCCCUCGGGCCCCAAGGGCAGCCACAUGAAGCGGCGCAGCGUCACCAUGACUGACGGGCUCACCGCCGACAAGGUCACCCGUAGCGAUGGCUGCCCCACCAGCACAUCACUGCCCCAUCCCCGGGAAUCCAUCCGCAACUGUGCCCUCAGCAUGGACCAGAUCCCAGACCUGCACUCGCCCAUGUCUCCCAUCUCUGAGAGUCCCAGCUCCCCCGCCUACAGUACUGUGACCCGUGUCCACGCCGCCCCUGCAGCUCCCUCUGCCACAGCGCUGCCUGCCUCCCCUGUCACCCGCCGCUCCAGUGAACCCCAGCUGUGUCCUGGAAGUGCCCCAAAGCCCCCUGGGGAAUCGGACAAGGGCCCUUAUGCCAGUCCCUCCCACACGCUCUGCAAGGCCUCCCCAUCACCGUCGCUUAGCAGCUACAGUGACCCGGACUCUGGCCAUUACUGCCAGCUCCAGCCUCCUGUCCGUGGCAGCCGAGAGUGGGCAGCGGCUGAGGCCUCCAGCCGGCAGGCCAGGAGCUACGGGGAGAGGCUAAAGGAACUGUCAGAAAAUGGGGCCCCCGAGGGGGACUGGGGCAGGGCCUUCACGGUCCCCAUUGUGGAAGCCACCUCUUCCUUCAACCCAGCCACCUUCCAGUCCCUACUGAUCCCCAAGGAUAACCGGCCACUGGAGGUGGGCCUCCUGCGCAAGGUCAAGGAGCUGCUAGCAGAGGUGGAUGCCCGGACGCUGGCCCGGCACGUCACCAAAGUUGACUGCCUGGUUGCUAGGAUACUGGGCGUUACCAAGGAGAUGCAGACCCUAAUGGGAGUCCGCUGGGGCAUGGAGCUGCUCACCCUCCCCCAUGGCCGGCAGCUACGACUAGACCUGCUGGAAAGGUUCCACACCAUGUCCAUCAUGCUGGCCGUGGACAUCCUGGGCUGCACGGGCUCCGCCGAGGAGCGGGCAGCGCUUCUGCACAAGACCAUCCAGCUGGCGGCGGAACUUCGGGGGACCAUGGGCAACAUGUUCAGCUUCGCUGCGGUCAUGGGCGCCCUGGAUAUGGCUCAGAUCGCCCGGCUGGAGCAGACAUGGGUGACCCUUCGGCAGCGACACACAGAGGGUGCCAUCCUCUACGAGAAGAAGCUCAAGCCAUUUCUCAAGAGCCUCAACGAGGGCAAAGAAGGCCCGCCGCUGAGCAACACCACGUUUCCCCAUGUGCUGCCGCUCAUCACGCUGCUGGAAUGUGACUCGGCCCCUGCUGAGGGCCCUGAGCCCUGGGGCAGCACAGAGCACGGUGUGGAGGUGAUCCUGGCCCACCUGGAGGCUGCCCGAACAGUGGCACACCACGGAGGCCUGUAUCACACCAACGCUGAGGUCAAGCUGCAAGGGUUCCAGGCCCGGCCAGAGCUCCUGGAGGUGUUCAGCACUGAGUUCCAGAUGCGCCUCCUCUGGGGCAGCCAGGGCGCCAGCAGCAACCAGGCCCGGCGCUAUGAGAAGUUCGACAAGGUCCUCACUGCCCUGUCCCACAAACUGGAGCCUGCUGUCCGCUCCAGCGAGCUGUGACCCCCACGGACCCCUCCCCUCUGCAGCUGCGGGCAGCAACAGGGACAGAGGGGGCACAGACCUUUCCCCAGAGCACCCCAGAGACACUGUGAUCAGCCCAAGAAUGUUCUGGGCCCAAACCAGGAUCUCCGUUGCACUUCCAGGGUCCUGCAUGGACCCUGGGCUCCGUCCCACCUGCUACAUGCCCGCCAAGUCUCCCUUCAGGAAGAACCGGAACCCUCUCCCUCCCUCCAGCUUCUGCUUCUCCCCUUCCUGCUGAGGUGCCCUGUGCUUGAGCCAGGAGAGAGCCUUCACACCUCCUCACUCUCCUCGGGGCACCUGCCGGACACCAAGGCCUCCACCUGGUUGUAAAUAUGUCUGUCUGUUCUGUAAAUAGAUGUACAGAAGCCAUGUUCGUUCUUUCAUAUAAUAAACUUUUAUGACUCUUU